AUGAAAGGGGGUUUGGGGUUUCGUGAUUUUCGAGCUUUUAAUAAAGCUUUACUAGCCCGGCAAGGGUGGCGUCUUCUCAAAUAUCCCAACUCGUUUGUGGUCAGGUUCUUAACGGGUAUCUAUUUCCCUAGCUCAGACUUUUGGCAUGCUUCUAAAGGAUCCCGAGCUUCUUGGGCAUGGGCGAGUCUUCUUGAGGGCCGCAAUAUUCUUCAACGUGGGUCUAGGUGGCAAAUUUCGAAUGGGGCCUCAGUCAAGUUUUGGGAGGAUAAAUGGGUUGCAACGGCCACGAAUUUCAGAAUCAAAUCCUCUAAGCCAACUGGGUGUCCGACCUCUAAAGUCGCAGAUGCCAUUAAUUCGACCACAAACUCCUGGAAUGUGGGGCUGCUACAGAGUAUGAUUUCAAGCUCUGAUGUCAGUAAUGUUUGUGCCCUUCCUAUCUCUUUUGGAAACACUGAAGAUGCUAUUAUCUGGCACGAUGAUCCUAAAGGCCUUUACCAAGUCAAAUCUGGGUAG